GCAUCGGGAAGGCAGUCAGGUGACAUCGGGCGGUGAUGGCGGCGGCGGGCUGGUUACUGGGGCUUGCCCUGGGUUCGGCGCUGAGCGGCGGUCGGGGUACCGACCAGGUCCCGGUGUUGGCAUGGUCCACAGACGGCUCCCUGUGGCACUCCCAGGCUGCUCCUAACGAAGGCCACAUUGUCUCCGAGCAGCAGCUGGUGUCGUACCUGAGACCGGCCCUGGGGAUGGGCCCCAAGACUAUCAUACUCUUUCUUCAGGAAAAGCUUAGCGUUGACGAUUUCACCGUAUAUGGAGGAGUCUACGGAAACAAACAGGACAGCGCGUUUCACCGCCUGCAGGUGGCCCUGGAAUCCUCACCCUCCUCCCUCAUUCUGCCUUCAGUGGACUGGCAUGCCACCAGCUCCCUGCUGCCUCUCCUGCAGGCCACUGUAGGGGCUGGUCCACUCUACGUGGACCCACUGACCAUCCGCGAUCUCCGGCUCAACGCCAGUGUCCCCUCUUUGCUUGCUGUUCGCCUCCCCUACAGCUCUGGCUCCAUUUUGAUACGUCCAAAGGAGGCCCUCGCUGCCAACGACGACAUUGUGGGGAAGGUGCUGGACAUCCUGAAGGAGGACGGGGUCCCGUUCACUGCCAUCCUCACCGCCUCCAGGCCCUCCCGGGUUGUCCAGGCUGUGCUGCCUGCCCCUCCAGCGCCCAGCCGCCACCUGCUGGGGCUGCAGGACGAGGGUGAGCGGGCUCACGCCCCGCUGGCCUUCAACCAGAGCGGGGCCCCCUGCAUCCUGCUGUGGGCGUCUCAGCUGUGGCUGUCCCGGGGUGAGCAGCAGGUCAACCUCACCAACCGCACGUUCGGGAGCACUGCCACGGUCUCCGUGCAACGCUCCGCCUGCGCCAACCACAGCGCCGAACUCGUCCUCGAGUACAGCAACGUGGAAAAGCUCGGGGCAGUGAAGAUCACCUUUAAAAUGAGCAACCAGUCAUACAGGGUGUCAGCCAAGCCCUGGUUUACCCUGGACCAGGUGGAAGUCUCCUCCGACAAGGACGCUGUCACAUUCAACGUCACUGAUGUCUAUGCUCCAGCCGCCUACUCCUACCGUUGCGGCUACGUCUCCAACGAUCCGGCCUCCAGCUCCGUCCUCCGCACCACCGCCACCUCCCAGCCUUGGAGGCUUCAGAUCUACGAUUUCCAGAUCCAGGCAUUUGGGGUGAAGGGCCUACGAUUCUCCUACGCCAGUGACUGCUCUGGUUUCUUUACGCCGGCCGUCUGGAUGGGUCUCCUCACGAGCCUUCUGAUGGUUUCUAUCUUGACAUACGGCCUACACAUGGUGACCAGCCUCAAGACCAUGGACCGCUUUGAUGACCCUAAGGGCCCCUCCAUCUCUGUGCCCCAGACUGAGUGACCACCCCCUUUCUUACAAGUAACAAAUCUCUCUGCCCCUUGCUGCCCAUCCUUUAGCCCUUCACCUUCCACUGAAAUUUCCCACAUGAUCCAGAGCAAGGAUUGAUUAUCGGAGUGUCUGCUCUGCUUCCAAUGUUCACACUCCCAUUCGCUUGGGCUAGGAUGUCGAGCUGGCAGAACAUGGGGACAUCGGAGCAGUUCGUGACAAUCCUCUCUCCCAAUUCAACUCCUCAUGACAUCCCAAUGUUAAGUGAUUUCCCCCUGGACGUGCACUGGAUUUUGCUCCUAUUUAACUGUGGUAUUAUUUAAUGGAUGUAUAUAAUUAUUUUGGUAAAACAUGAGUGUUUUGAUCAGCCCCCAACUGUUUCUGCGAAGGGAGUGUGUGAUGGAUAAAAGCCACACCAACUCCCCUGUCACCUGUUACACGUCGAGUGUCUCUCUGAUCAACCAAGCUUGUAUUGUUGAUAAUGUGCUUAAAUGUGAAUUUAUUCUGAUUUUGAAACUUCGUGUGAAUCAAUAAACGUGAAUGAACCAUU